CAGUUCGGUGACGUGCAGCCUAAUGUUUCUAUUUCUUGUAUCAUCACAGAACCACGCCCAUGGUAGUAUGGCGUGCAGCACUAUUUCCCAGUCCGAUGAGUAUCGCCCUCCUAUUUUACCGCCCAAAGCAGACCUGCCUGUGGGGCUGUACGGACACUGGGUGAGUCAACGGUGCGAGGUACGGCCCGAGGUACUCUUUCUCAGCCGGCACUUCGUCUUUCAUGACAACAACAACACAUGGGAAGGGCAUUACUAUCAUUUCUCAGACCCCGUGUGCAAGCACCCAACUUUCACCAUCUACGCCAAGGGCCGUUACAGCCACAGAAUCCCGUCUGCAAAGGUGAUGGGAGGAACAGAAUUUGUGUUUAAAGUGAACCACAUGAAGGUGACUCCAAUGGAUGCAGCUACCGUUUCGCUCUUGAACGUUUUUAGUGGCAAUGCAUGUGGGGCUGAGGGAUCGUGGCAUAUUGGCGUGGAACAAGACGUAACGCACACCAACGGCUGCGUGGCUCUGGGGAUCGGUCUUCCCCACACCGAGUACGAGCUCUUUAAGAUGGAACAGGACGCUAAAGGCCGGUACCUGCUCUUCAAUGGGCAGAGACCGAGCGACGGAUCCAGUCCAGAUAGACCCGAGAAGAGGGCUACAUCUUACCAGGCCCCUUUGGUCCAGUGUGCUGUAUCUGUGGACAGGUUGGAUGAGUCAACGGAAAACAGUAAUCAAAGCAAAAAUAUCAACAAUGGAUCAGUGAGAUACGACCACUCUGCAGGUGCUGCUGUAUUACUGUUUAUUUGCAUGGUCAGGCACGUUUACUGCUAAGCACAGCCUCAAUCUUCAGUGGCUCCAACUCUUAAAAAAUAGAGUUUCUUUCUUCAUUCAGUUUAUUUACUUGACUCACUUCAAUGGCCAAAUACUGUUUCUCCAUUUGAAGGUGUCAAUAUGAAUUUUCCACAUUGAACUCCCUGCAGUCAACUUCAGGCAUGGAACUAGUAGCAUCCACUGCACACAGUAAACGCACUUUAUUAAGAUGGAAGAUUUUAUUCGCACUGUAAAAUAUUUACCUAGUUUGCCAAGCAACGUCAUCUGUGGCAUUCUCCUCCUGAGGACUCUGUUUCACACAACUCUGGAGGUUAAUUUUAAUUGGCAAAUUGAAAGUAUUUGUUUAUUUAAAAGGAAUCAGAAGUUUCAACAUGCAAAAUCUGCAGUUGCAAAAGCAAACAAUGGAUGAGAAUAAACAAGUAACUACUAUCUUCCAUCAAUACUAGUAAAAAAAAGUAUGGUAUUUAAAAAAAUACUGCUUCUACAUUUUAUUUUUCCUUAUAAGGAUACAAGUAAAUAAUUGUACAAUGUCUAUAUAAAUCAGCGAUGUUUCUGCUGUGGAUUUUGUGUGGCACUUGAUUCCAGUUUCUUCAUUAUAAAUCUAGAUGUAGGUUUGACAUUAUUUAUAUUCCAAGUAAUCAGAUGUUUCUAUUGGUUUGUUCUUAACUUUUUUUGCAUAAUUAAUUUUUGUACAUGCUUACGGUAAUUUCUAAAAUCAUAUUUUUUAAAUGUGCGUUUGGGUAAUUAGAUAGCAACUAAAUCAUUAUGCUAUGGUUUAAAUAUUUUCUGAUUUACACAAGUUGUCUGUUAUUCUCUUAAUUUCUACAUAUAUAUAAAAAGAAACUUCAAAUUAAAUCGUUAUUGGAUUAUUUUUGGAUGCAAAUGGCAUUGUACUGGAGGGAAAAGCAUUUAGUUAUUGUUAAAGGUGCAUUAUUUAUGAGUUUAGCAUUAUUCCAACAAAAUAAUGCAACUAUCAUGAGUUAUUUCAGAUUAUCGAAGUAGUUUGUGAGUUUCUUAUAAGGGUGAAUAUUUUAAGCUGUAUUGAAUAAAAUUGCAAAAUG